UGAGCGCUUUGAAAUGACAUAAUGGAAUUUUCUGGGAUAGAAAACUUGCAAAUGCUUAUUUUACGCCCAUAGAUAGAGUUUCUGAAGACCGGGAAGAGUCGGUUUAGAGGACGGGAGAGUAGCUUACUAAACAGGAAAUAAAUCAAUUAGAAAAAAGAGGUGAUAAAAGAAGUUACGUAACAAAGACCUGGAGCGAACGAUAAGACGGUGUGAAGACAAAACACCAGAAAACGAGUCACGCAGUGGGUUUUUACGCGGCGUCACAGCACAAGACGAGGAAAACUAAACCAAACAGGCGGAGGAUAACGAGCCCAUCUCACCCCGAAUGGGGCUGUAGAAUGGAAACGAUCUUCUGUAUCCAGAACCGCAGCGUCACGGCACCAUGAAGAAAGAUAUGAGUUUGAACCUGGACGACCAAAACAGCUCUAACCUUAAGCCGGAUUUACGGGACGCUGAAGGAAUACUCAGCUCCCAGGACCUGGGACUCCUAAAACUCGCCUCGCCUGAGCUAGAGAGGCUGAUUAUCCAGUCCAACGGCAUGGUCACGACGACACCGACCUCACAAUUCGUUUACCCGAAACCCGUGAGCGACGAGCAGGAAUUCGCAGAGGGUUUCGUGAAAGCUCUGGAGGACCUGCACAAGCAGAACCAGCUGAACGGCGGCGCUACGACGCUGAACCGCCUCUCAACAGGCGCCGCGCUCGGCUUGCCAUCCGACCUUCCGGUCUACACGAACUUGAGCACGUAUGGAGGCGGCGCGCUGGGCACAGCUGUGAACUACUCCACGGACACGAUCCCUUUCCCGCCGCCACCUCCAGGAUCCUCUUCAUCGUCGUCGUCGUCGUCAUCGUCAUCGUCACACGCGAGCACGCCGAACGCUCAGGCUACACAAUCCACGCACUCGCGGAUCCGUUCGCCCAAGGACGAACCGCAGACCGUCCCAGACGUGCAGAGCUUCGGCGACAGUCCGCCUCUGUCACCCAUUGACAUGGACACGCAGGAGCGCAUCAAGGCGGAACGCAAAAAGCUGCGCAACCGCAUCGCCGCCUCCAAGUGCCGCAAGAGGAAGCUGGAGAGGAUCUCGCGCCUGGAGGACAAAGUCAAAACGCUCAAGACUCAAAACAGCGAGCUCGCGUCAACCGCCAGCGUGUUGCGUGAACAGGUCGCGCAGCUCAAACAGCGGGUCAUGAACCACGUGAACAACGGCUGCCAGCUGCUGCCCACCCAGGUGCAGGCGUACUGAGGAUGCGUUCCCCUUUUUAUCAGAACUGUGCCAAAAGAGCGGACACUGAUAUAGGUGCUCAUGUAAAUAAGAGUGGGAGUGUAUAGAUGUAUACACACACGUACAUGUUUACACCGUUUUGUAGCAGAUGAACUGAAAUGAAUUAUUUGAGAACUAAACCUCUCUGUGGACCUUUUGCUUACCUGCAGAGAUCAUUUCCUGUAUGCAUCUAAUAAAACAUGGCAUAAGAUCAAAGUCUUCAGAAGAGUUCAGUUCAUUCAGGUGUGUUAUUUGGUUUAAACUAAACAGCAGGAAGGCAGGCCUACAUCUGUCUUACUGACUGCAAAUCUACGACAAUUGCAUUUACACUACUACGUGUCAUAGUUCUCAGACUCUGGGCCUAGUUACCUGAGACAGGAGAAGACUUAAAGCAGCAGCAGUGUUUUGCAUGAUAAUGAGACAAACUCAAUGAGUGCAACCAAACACAGAUGUCAUGCAUGCACACUUCAUGUUUAAAGCCUUAAUUGUGUACACACACUUACUAACCAAUGACCUUAUCUAAUUUAUAUUACAGUUAUUCACACAUCGUCUUAUUUCUUCCUGUUGUGACUUGUCGUUGAUUUACUUGUUUAUUUGUCACGUCAGACUAUCACCUUCAAGAUUUCUUGAAUUAUCGUCUAAUAAAAAGGAUCUUGUAUUUGC